ACCAAGCUCCCCAGCAUGUUGACGCUACCGUGGGCUACGUCUGACGUCGCCUCUGCCAUGGUCAUCAAGCAACACAUGGCGAAGUUUCCCAGCUCCACCACAGAGGUGAAGAGCAGAGUCGGCAGGCUGUUUAUGAAGGAGAUCACCGCCAGGGUGGUCCGCACCACGGUGUGGACGAUGAGAAAGUUCAGGUCCAGCAGCAAGCAGACGGUGUCCAGGCAUUUCCCAACAGUGGAGAUUAAAAAGUUCACCAAACCCAUGUUUUCCAGGAGGACCAGUUCCCUGCACUACCGACUUACAACCAUGGCUGUACGGGACGCUGCCUCUCUGCUUGUCGGACUUCUGGUCCUCUUUCACACCUGGGAAGCGUGGGCUGCUGUGGAGGUGAACAUGGAGGACAGAGUGGAGGUGAUCAGGGGCACCACAGCUCAGAUCGCCUGCAUGUUCACAUCGGUUGACGGCGUAGGUGGCAUGAUCAUACAGUGGUUCUAUGUGACACGAUCAGGCGAAAGGCAAAGAAUCUACUAUCAGGACGCCACCAGGAAGGAAGUAGAACGAGGCAUACCGUUCACAGAACGGAUCAGUGUGAAUGGUACCGUAGCCACUGGAGAGGUGGUGUUGAUUAUCAGCGAUGUGCAGCUGGAAGACGAACUGGAAUAUGUCUGUUUGGUCAAAACUCUAACAGAUGGAGCUGGGGAGGGACGUACAAAGCUGAAGGUGUUCGAAAUACCAAACAUUCCUACCAUUGAGCGUGAGCCAAGGGGGAUCUCAGUCCAUGAAGACAGCCCAUCCAAGAUUGGAACCUGUGAGGUCAAAAAUGGCUUCCCUAAGCCGAACAUCACUUGGUACAGAAACAACACACCGCUACACGCAGCUCAGGAUGGGGUGAAAGUAGAGCCCAGCAUCACUAAUGAAUCCAGCGGUCUGUUCUCAGUUAAGAGUGAGCUGAGCAUAAAGGUAGUGAAGGAGGACAAAGAUGAUCUCUUCUACUGUGAGGUCACCUACUUUGUUCCUGGAGGAAUCAAGAUGACUGAGACCUCACGUAUUAACAUCACUGUAUACUACCCCUCCACAGCUGUGAAUGUUUGGGUGGACUCACCAAAGGGCAAAAUCAAAGAAGGGGACACAAUUGUGCUUCGAUGCAUUGGCAACGGGAAUGACGCAUCCUCACUGUUGACAAUCACGCACGGUGAUGUCUCUUGGGACAGUAAUGAGGUUGUCCUGCAAAAUGUGACCCGUCUACACAGUGGAGUUUAUCAUUGUACCUCUAUGAAUAUAGAAACGGUCACCUUUGAGGAGAUCUCGGGAAAUACUACUGUGUUUGUCAACUAUCUUGAUCCUGCUGUGGUGAUGCCCAAAGACACUAUUGUGGUGGCCCAAAGAGAGGAGCUGAAAGCCACCUGCAACGCCCUCUCUUCUCUCCAGACACACACAGUCUGGUUUAAGAACGGAGAGAAGGUUUCACAGGGCAACAGUUUGAUCCUGAAAGAUGCUACGUUUGACACAGCUGGGACGUAUGUGUGUGUGGUCACAGUUCCUGAGAUUGAGGGAAUGGAAACCAACGGGAAACUUCAAGUUAAUGUCCAGGGGCCACCACAGAUCAUUAAGCCGGAGUCCACAGAGAUGGAGGAGAGUUAUGGGACGACCGUCCAGCUGAUCUGCCAUGUCAGAGGUUUCCCUGCUCCCAGCAUUAACUGGGACACUUCUGGUGGAAAGGUCCUCAACACCGAAAUCCAAGCACUGGGCGAGAAAGGUAUUAAGAAUACGGCCUUUGUCGAGGUCACCUCUGACAUCACUGCUGUCUGCAAUGCCUCCAACACAUACGGCACUGACGCAAUGACCUUGAACAUCAAAGCCAUUAUUGACACCACCACACCAGCCUUCAGCACUAGUACUACCACUACCAUUUCCUCUUCCACAGGAAAAGCAGCUAUCCCACCAAAGAAAAUCAAAAAAGAGGGCAGUGGUGUUAUCAUUGCGGUCCUCAUCAUCUGCAUCCUGCUGCUGGCCAUCUUGGGGAGUGUGCUCUACUUCCUCUACAAAAAGGGCAAGAUCUGUGGCCGAUCCGGCAAGCAAGACCUGACCAAAGAGAAGUCCGGCAAGGAUAACAUUGUGGUGGAGAUGAAGAGCGACAACACGGAGGAGGCCGUGCUCCUCGGGGUCAACGGGGAAAAGCAAACUCCCAGCGACCAGUAAAGGGCGGCAAGUACCUGGAACUGCAGAAGUGAGGAGGUGACCGCUCAGCUACUCCUGUUAUGCGUUCUCAGGCUCAGACCUAUUGAUGCCUUUCAAGCUUCCACCACAGCUCCUCAUCCCAGAGUUACAUCACGGAAAAGCUCAGUCGUCCGUCAAUUAAUAUCAUGAUGGAUGACCGAGACUCAAAUUAUUCCAAGCUGCAGCUUUUGCUUACUGUCUUUCUCAUCCCAGCACGUUUCUGUUGGAAUGCAACUUGAGCUUUAAUGGGAAGUGAUUUGAGCGCUCCGUGACGUAACUCUGCUAAUACAUCUUCCACCUUCAAAUCCGGGAGGACUAUCCUUAGCCCAAAGUUGUCAUUACCAUGAGCCUUGUAUACUGCUGAUUGUCUGUAGAUCAAUAAUUAGAGCACAACAGUGACCAGGGACUGUUUUUAUACCCGACUAAGAAUCACCUCAGGCAAAGCAAUCACUGAAGAGCAGCCUGAAACAGCUCUUUAUCAAGUGUACAUAUUAUAUCUAUGUAUAUAUUUCUUUAUUUAAAAUAACACCAUAGAAAAAUAACAAAAAUAAAUGGCCAGAUAGUGCUUUAUUUUGUUUGGUUGCCAUUUAUGGAGAGCAAGAAGUGCUUAGUAGUGAUGUGCGAUACCACUCAAUUCCUAUAGGGUCCAACACCAAGUAAUACCCAGGCCGGUAUUGCCGAUACAAAUACUUUUGACAUUUUAUUUCUAGUUUAAUGUGACCUUCCCCCUCCUGUUUCUGUAUUUAUGAGGGAAAUAAAGAGUAGGCUGUAGGCUUACCAAUUCCAAAUAAUAGCUGCAUAAUAAGUCUUCAAACUACGGUCACAUUCUUUAAUAAUAAUAAAAAUAUCCUGGUCAGAACUGCCGCUUCAUAACAUCAUCAUAUUGUUGUUACUUGAUCAAAGUUUGCGGUGUUGCCAAAGUAUUUGACUGUCUUUGCACACACAUCACACACAGCGUCAUUGCAUCAUUACCUUCACAGCUAAAAUACAUCCAGACGUGACUGCUUUUACAGCCAGCCAUAGUCAGUAUUCAAUCUCGGGAAAUGUAAAGGGCUGCAGCGGCUCACUUCAAAGAAGCUCCGUCACAGAGCCGUAGCGCAAGCAUGACUUUGACAGGCGGAAGGAGAAGUAGUUCCUAUCAACCGAAUAUAAUUAGACCAUCCUGGUGACAAUAAGAUACUUAUGAUAAAACACACAUUCACUCCAAAUGACGUUUAGAUAUUGAUCCUUUUAUGAGUAUCGAUCCUAGAGCAGGAAACGUUGGUAUCAGAAAUAUCGAUUCUUUAGUAUCGAUCCGCACAUCACUAGUGCUUAGGUAGAGGUCUUGUUUUUAUAUAAAAAAUUUUUAUGUGUUUCCUGUUGUGCUAAAGUCUGUACACUGAAAUCUUUGGGGAAGAAACAACUCUUCCCCCCCACAGCCAGUUACAGCCACACCAAAAAUGUUGCCUUGUAGGUCAUUUAAUCACGCAUCCUUCACGUUUUUCCUUCUCUGCAGCUAACACUUUACUUUACACUCGACAGUUUGUGUGUAUUAAAAGAUAUUUAUGCGAUACAGGCGAAUAAUCUGUUCAGCAUUUGACAUAGAAGGGUUAACAAUAAUUGCAGUUCUCUUCACUUUGUUUCUUUCCUUCAGUCUGGUUUUGCUAUUUUGUGUGUUUGAUUCUAUUACCAACAGCCAAGUUAAAAAAAUUACAAAUGCCUUAGAAAUUCAAUCAAAGCCUAGAGAAAUAUCAGCAAAGGCCAUAUUUUGUAUUGUUAGUUAUGUUUAUAUUUAAUGUCCAGUGCACUGAUUUCUGUUCUUCAUGCAGUUGUGUUUCUCUAAUGUGAAACAGUUGUUUUGUUUAAUGUGACUGUAUGUAAAAGAAACGUUUUUCUGAAGCUAUUUUUAUUUGUCUGAGAGGAAGGAUGAGGGCAGAACAGAUAAUUGGUUCAUGGCAUGAAGUUGCCCUCAUAAGGAAAAGACACGUUUCUGUUCAGUGAAUAAAUUAAUUCAUGUGUUGACUGAAACUUGAAAUAAUCUGAUACGAGAGAGAGAGACAGAAUCCCCCUCAGACAUGAUGACUAGUGACAUGGCAACUAAAGUAUAUGACUACUGACAAGGGCGUAAUGACUGAGACUCCACAUAUGCAAAGUUUGUAGACAAUCAACUGUCAGGACGCUCUGUGCUCACGUAUGUGCAGGUAUCAUCCUACCCUCUGUUUUUUUUCCUGCUGUUUAUAAGAACUACCACUGUUAAAUGGUUUUGGAUGUUUGAAAUCUGUAAAAUGCCUUGGAGUUGUAAAAUUAAUGUCACUGAUGACGUUCAAAUCAAUUUACCAACAAAUUUAUUGUUUGUAGUUUUUGAAAAGCAUACCAAAUAAAGACUGACUGUUAAAAUGAAAA